AUGUGGUCUUCGCCCGCUGCGGCGCUAGGCAUCCGCGCAUGCUCGGGCACUUGCGGCUUGCGUACCGCCAUGGCAGGCACACGGUCAAUAGCAUCAAGGCCACUGCUGUCGGCGUGUCCACCGGUGCUCGUAGCUGCCAGGCCGGCAACACUGUCCCUACUUGCUGGCAAGCGAUCGGCGCCGUCGUAUUUGCUGGUUCGCCACUUUUCCGUCUCCUUGGCAAGGCAGGACGACAAGCCGCAACCCCCCAAAACUGCCACAGCGCAGCCAGAACAGUCCUCGAACGACGACAAACCUCCAGCUACAUCUGAAAAUACCGCGACAGGAUCACUCGCAGCAAGGCUCUCGGCACGCAUCAGGACGCUGCUGCACGCGCAGCUCGCCAAGUCGGCGCCAAAGUCCACCGACGGCGCCUCGCCCGCACCCACGCAAUUCCCAGACCUCAGGCGGCUCUUUUCGCUCGCCAUGCCGCAAAAGCGCAACAUCCUCAUCGCGCUCGGCCUGCUGCUCAUCUCGUCGUCCAUCACGCUCACCGUGCCCUUUGCCAUCGGCCGCCUCAUCGACUUUUUCACCUCGGGCCAGAACGCGCUGUUCGGCCUUGGCUUCGGAACGGUGGCAGCGCUCAUGCUGCUCAUCUUUGCCGUCGGCGCCGGAGCCAAGGCGGGCAGCAACAUCCUGCUCGAGCUGUCGGGCGUGCGCGUGGUGCAGGGCAUCCGCAACCAGGCGUACCGCUCCGCUCUGCGCCAGGACGUCGAGCUUGCAGACAAGGGCAGCGGCGACGUGGUGAGUCGGCUGAGUGUCGAUACCAACAUCGUGGGCGAGUCGCUCACCUCGGAUAUUGGAGAUGGACUGCGCGCGGGCGCGACGGUGCUGUUUGCAGGAACCGCCAUGUUUAUGAUCUCGUCCAAGCUUACGUUGCUCAUGAUGGCCGUGGUGCCGCCCGCGGCGAUCGGCGCCGUGUUCUACGGAAGGUAUCUGCGCGAUCUUACGCACAAGACGCAGGACGCUGUGGGAAAUAUGACGCGGCUGGCCGAGGAGCGGCUGUCGCCCCCGGCAUUCCGCACUCUCACCGCGUUCAAUACGCAGCGUCAGGAGCUGAGGCGUUUUGAUGAACGCAUCGGCGCGAUCGUCGAGCUGCAGACCAAAGAGGCGUAUGCGUCCGGCCUCUUCUAUGCCGGUACCGGUUUCGUGGGCAACUGCGCCAUCCUCACGCUGCUCACCUACGGCGGGCACCUGGUGAGCCGCGGCGAGAUCUCGGUGGGCGACCUCACCUCGCUGCUCAUGUACACGGCGUAUCUGGGCGGCGGCAUGGUGAGCCUCACCUCGUUCUUUGCCUCGCUCAUGAAGGGUCUCGGUGCAGGCGCGAGGGUGUUUGAACUCAUCGAUCGGCCUGCCACGGUAGAGCUCGGCAAGGGAGAGACGCUGCAGCUCGAUACGGCGGUGAGGGGGAAAGUGCGAUUUGAGGAUGUGCACUUUACCUAUCCGUCGCGACCGCAGCAGCCGAUCCUGCGCGGCGUCACGCUCGAUAUUGAGCCGGGCCAGUCGUAUGCCUUGGUCGGAGGCUCGGGUGCGGGCAAGUCGUCGGUGCACUCGCUGCUGCUGCGCUUCUACGACCCGACGCAGGGUCGCAUCUUGCUGGCGGGUAAGGAUCUGGCGUCGUAUCGACCCGAGAGCGUACGCAAGCAUCUGGCGUUUGUACCGCAAGAACCGAUCCUGUUCGACGGGACACUGGAAGACAACAUCAAGUAUGGUACGGAUUCGGCGACGCGCGAAGAGGUGGCCGAGGCAGCGCGUCUGGCUGGAUGCGAGGCGUUUAUCGCCGACAUGCCGCGCGGGCUCGACACGGUGAUCGGUGCACGUCAGCUGUCGGGUGGACAGCGUCAGCGCAUCGCCAUUGCGCGAGCGCUGGUGCGCAAGCCGGCGAUCCUGCUGCUGGACGAAGCGACGAGCGCGUUGGACUCGGCGUCGGAGCUGAUGGUCAACCGUGCCAUCGAGAGGAUCAUUGCCGAGGGCAAGAUCACCGUGUGGAUCGUCGCGCAUCGGCUGUCGACCAUCCGCAGCGCCAACAACAUCCAGGUGCUCGAAAACGGCCGUAUCGUCGAACAGGGCACCUUCCAACAGCUCGACUCGCCCGGAUCCAGGUUUAGAAAGCUCAUGGCCGCUCAGCUCGAUGCCACCGAUCACUCGGAGCACAGUGCACCGGGUGUGGUGGAAAUUAGCGAUGCGCAGUUGGAUAAGCUGCAUCGACUCGCGGCGCUCAUCCCUCCCACAGAGCCUGCGGAGCGUGCGGCGCUAAAGCGGGAUUUGGCGGGCAUCGUGCACCUGGUGGAAACGAUCCACCGGACUCCCGGCAAGGCUGUGGAUGCGAGACCGUUGGUGGCGCACGAUGCCAAGUGGAACACUUCCCUCUCCACCAACGAGGAGAAGGCGGAGGAGGCGGAGGGGACACAGACGUUGGAGAGGGACCAGCUGCUAAAGCGAGCGGGAGACAGGCAGUACGCUGGCUACUUUGUAGUGGAUCGCACCUAG